AUGCGAGCAUUUCUGGAGCGCCUCUUCAAAAGUCACUCCGAUAAAGAAACAGGACCACCUUCGCAAAAGGAUAAAGAUAUCCAACAAAUCCGUCAACGAUUCCAAGAUCAGAUUCAAGAGGGAGUCAGAUUUCAAGGUAAAGAAAAGUACGAAAUUCAAAUCGCAAAGUCUGAAGGUGAACAUGUAAGAGAUCUUAUGGCUAAAGCUUAUAGCCAAUACGGCGGUAUCGUAAUGCUUGACGCUGGGAUAACCAGCGAGACAAUCUUAAGUGGUGGAAAUGGUUUGCAAGCUUUACUGAAAAGGCACCAGAUUUGUCGUGGUUUAGAUGUAUAUUUAGAGGAUUCGGUAGGUGUAGUGGUAAGACUUAAUGAACAGGAAGAGAGGAAUCUUAUACGCCAACGGGCAACAGCAAAGGGAUAUACGUUCUCAAUGACAAUCUCUUACUUGGGGCAGAGGGAGAAAGCAUGA